GUGAUACAAAGAUGUUUUCAUUUCAAUAAGAACAAUUUGGUAUUGUGAUAAUCUUUCGUGCAUGUGUGAAUUAUUAACACAAUACGGCGAUCAUAGUGUUAUGACUACAGUGUCGAAGAAUGUGCAGCUAAUAUUUUUUCAUACACUUUCGACGUUCAUCACAAAAAACGGGUUCAAGAGUUGAAACAAGACAAUGGAAGACCUAGAUUUUGCGGGUAACGUUAACUACUGGGCCGAUCGAUGGGCACAAGAAAAAACUGGAUGGCAUAGGUCGGAUGUAAGUCGUCAACUAAUAGCAAAUCUACCGAAAUUGUGCGACAAUGGGGUCAGUAAAACGUUUUUCAUUCCACUAUGCGGAAAAACCGUCGACAUCCCGUACCUGUAUGCCCAGGGGCACAAAGUUUUCGGCGUCGAGGCGGUUACCAAGCCAAUCGAAGAGUUGAACGAAGAGCACUCACUGGGCCUGAAGUUUGAUACCGUAUCUUCAACGUAUGCUACAGAUGAUGGCGGAAUUAUAAUUUAUUGUGGAGAUAUAUUCACUUGCCCAUUCGAGAAAUACGGACCCUUUGAUUGUGUAUGGGAUCGGGCGUCGUUCAUAGCAUUUGAAUACGCUUUUCGACCGGCUUACAGUGAAAUGAUGCAGCGAAGCUUGAAAGUAAAGAAAGAGGGUGCAACUGGAGAAUACCAUAACUUCAAGUAUUUGAUGGAAACGUUGGAGUACGACAGGGAGCAAUUUUCUGGUCCGCCUCGGGCUACUGAUGCCAGCGAUAUGGACAAGUUCUUCGGAAACUUUGCAAAUUACGAAAUUGUCAAUCGAGAGCCGGACACACUAAGGGCGCUGCCAGACUUGAAAGUCGAAAUUGUUCACUAUUUUCUUACUCCGAAACAUUGAGAUUUUUGUAACUUUGUACUUGUUAAAAACAAAUCAAUAUUUUGAAAAUACA